CACGCACAUCAACUUGGAAAUGCAGUAACGUAUAAAAGGUAUUUAAAUUCCUUAGUUCCAGAGAGGGUAUGUGCAUUUACAUGGCAAGCUACACUAAUAGAAUUUCCACCAAGGAUAUUCUCCUAGCUAGAGAACUAUUGCAUGAUGAAGUGGAAACAGUGUGUGGUUUUUGCAGAUCUAGUGUAAGAAUGUUGAGCAUCUUUUCCUUAAUUGUCCAUUUGCACAUAGUUUAUGGACAAAAUGUUUAUAGUGGUGGGGAUUAUCUUAUGUUAUGCACGUUGAAUUCGAGAAAGCAUUUGUGCAACAAGUGUGGAGUAAGGGUAAUCGGAUUUGCUAUGGUUUGGACACUGGUUGGGAAGGAACGAACAAAUUUUUAACAAUGCAAGAGCAGAGGUGGAGAAGAUGCUGGCUUUGGUACGGUCGAGGUCUUAUCAAUGGAUCAUUGGGAGAGCGAUAGAACAAGAUUUCUCAUUUAUAGAAUGGGUACAUAGCAGGGGAAGUUCAUACUAAAACUCCAGGUUAAGG